AUGGAACUGAAACUGGAACUCAGACUGUCUGUUCCGCUCAGACGCCCCAUCAAGCGCCUUUUCUCUCGCUUCAGACUUCCCGGCAUCAAUAGACACAAAAAGUCCAUCCAGCCAAAGCGCUCCAUCGAUUAUCUUCUAGCUCUUCCGGAUGAGCUCAAGUUACAAAUCCUACGCCUGGCUCUACCUAGUGGAAAAAAGAUCGGGAGCCCGUGGGCCUGUCUAACAUACAGGUCAAAUAUGCACGUUGAUUCUGUCUGCUACAAAGACUGCUGGCUGAAUCUUGUGCGUGCACUUCCUGAGAUGGCUGGACUGAUUUACGAAGUCUUCUACGGCCAGAACAUCAUAUGGAUGCCCGAGUUUUGCACAACGCUGGAUCGAUCCUAUCCACCGCGCCCGAUAAAUAUGUUCGUCCGACAUCUUGAAAUUGAACUUGUUCUCGCGGUCAAGAAUCUGGACUAUCUACGUCGGCUGGGCAAUGGUGACCUCGGAUUCCCAGAUCUGCGAUCUAUCUCCAUAACUAUCAAUGGCCACGGUUCGCCGAUGCUGGGAGGCACGGCGAAGGGAAAUGAUAUGCUAGACAUCCUGGACGACGAAGAUGACUUCACUCCCGCAGUGAAGGAAAUGCGACAACACCUCGAAGCCAUAGAACCAAUCAUUUUCCACACAUGCAAAUUAGAGAUUACCUACAAGCAUGCUUGGUUUAUUGUCAAACUGCCAGGAGUACCACAUUUUCAGAUUUCUGAUCCUAUGGAGGAUCUGCUCCUGCAAAAGAUCACCAUAGCUGAAGCGGCGGGUAACAACGUAAUUUCGUAUCGAUAUCAUGGAUCCACACUCUCAACUGAACCAGACAGGGAAUACGUGGCUGCGUGGCCAGCAAGAGACAUGUUUUUCAGGCCCGGCGCACGCUAUAAGUUCAACUUAAAGCGCACUUCAGUCAAGCUUAUAACCAAGUAA